AUGGAGAGGAACACGAAGGAGAACCAUCCUGUGUACCCUGGCCGAGCUGCUAAGGUUCCUAACCCCAUUGGGGAUGGCCCAAAACGUGUCCCUGUGUCCCAGUACUCAGCCCAGAGCCGUUUACUGACCACUGGAGCUCAAGCCCAACGUGUUCUGUGCCCUGCAAACUUUGUGCAGAGAGUUCCUGUGCAAUCCCAAAAACCUGUGCUAUCAAACAAAAAACCGUCCCACAAUCAGCCAGCACAGCAGCUCCGAACCAAACUGCCACUUCAAGCUACUGUGAGGCCUCAAGUUCCAAGCAAGACCAGUGAAAAACCUCAACAGGCUCCAGGACCUGCUAAUUCAAAGAAUCCUGAAGCAGAAACCACUUCUAAACAGAAAAGUGACGAUGCAGCCAAAAAGAAAACUGAAGAGACUAAAAAUCAAAGCUCACAUAACCAACUUUCUCUUUCCUCUUGCAGAAGGCAAUGGUCUCUUGAUGACUUUGAGAUUGGGCGUCCCCUGGGGAAAGGAAAAUUUGGGAAUGUGUACCUGGCACGUGAGAAACAGAGCAAGUUUAUCCUGGCACUGAAAGUGCUGUUCAAAACACAGCUGGAGGAAGCUGGGGUGGAACAUCAGCUGCGGAGAGAGGUGGAAAUACAGUCUCACCUCAGGCACCCCAACAUCCUCAGGUUAUAUGGCUACUUCCAUGAUGUUACAAGAGUCUACCUGAUUCUGGAGUAUGCACCUCGUGGGGAAGUCUUCAAGGAGCUCCAGAAGCUUACCAAGUUUGAUGAGCAAAGAACUGCUACUUACAUCACAGAACUAGCAGAUGCUCUCUCCUACUGCCAUUCCAAGAGUGUGAUUCACAGAGACAUCAAGCCAGAGAACUUGCUGCUUGGCUCAAAUGGGGAGUUAAAAAUUGCUGACUUUGGAUGGUCUGUGCAUGCUCCAUCUUCCAGGAGAACAACUCUCUGUGGGACACUUGACUAUCUGCCCCCUGAAAUGAUUGAGGGGAGAACACAUGAUGAGAAGGUGGAUAUCUGGAGCCUAGGAGUCCUGUGCUAUGAAUUCCUUGUAGAGGGAAACCACGAAGCAGAAACAUACCAGGAAACCUACAGAGCUAUUUCCAGGGUGGAAUUCAAGUUUCCUCCAUUUGUAACAGAAGGUGCCAGGGACUUAAUUUCCAAACUUCUCAAGCAUAACCCAUUCCAUCGCCUGCCCCUCAAGGAUGUCCUUCUCCAUCCCUGGAUCACAGCCAACUCCACAAAGAUGCCCAGCAGCAGGAAGAGUGAUGUUGCUGCCCCAUCCAAAACAUAG